AUGAGUGAUUCGGAUGAAACAGAUGUUUUGCUGGAGAUACCACCGGAUUUCUUCAACUGUGCAUCUCCCGUUACGCAGACGCCGCGCUCUCCUGCCAACUGUGUAUGCGACGCCGUGGAUUGCUCAUCCUAUGCGUCCUUUGCACAGCGCAGCUGUGGGAACGCUAUGGUAGGAAUAGAAAAUUAUGCGAUGGCAACUGGCUCGGCUGCGGAACGAACGGAGCAUUAUGUUGCGUCGACAUCGUUCAAACACCACGAACAUCAGGAGUCGAAGAAGGAACAGUACAUGUUACACGAGAUAGAUCGGUUCCUGCAGGAUGACGAGCAUCAUAAGCCGCAACAGCAGAAGCAUGCACAUAUGAUGCAACACAACGGUGCUCGCAGUCCUAAUGGAUCGUUGAUCGAUGUAAACAGUAUGUCGAUAAACGAUUACCCAUCGCUGACUGCGAAUGAUUUCAAUGGGCUUGCCAAAUCAGCCUCUUCCUGUGGUCCCGUACCGCAAAAACCUCCGCGAAAUGUACACGGCGGAAUGUCAGUUAAAUCCACCAAAAACGGACAACUGCUUAAUUUAAACGAUAUAUGGCAUACGACCGGCGGCCAACUGGACUACUCGAAGGCACUACAAGAGGAACAUCUGCGGCGACAACACUGCGAGCGGCAAAUCCAGUCAUUGCGCAUGAAGUUGCUCGAAUUUGAGGAGAAAAUAUCCGUUGCUCUAUCGGUGGACAAAGAAAAGGUGUUCAUUAUCGACAAUCUCGAGCAAGAAACGGCGCGUCUCACAGCUCUGAUUCGGAAAAUGGAGUUGGCGCACAUCGAAACGCACGAAAAACUGAUGGCGGACAAUGUGGAGACAAAGAACAAAAACCUUUUUCUCGAGAAAAAACUGGCGGAUGCUUUGAUUCUUGUGCAGAAGCUAGAGCACAAACGAGAUAUCUUGGAGACAAAGGUAGAACACCUUGCUACUGCGAACCAAGACGUGAACGACGUACACCGGAAGCAGAUGGAAGACCUACAGAUACGUCUCGCUAACAGCUGCGAAAACGAACGUCAGCUUAGAGCUCAGUUGGGAAAGCAACGCAAGGCAAACGAUGAAAUAAGUGAAGAGUUGCAAGUAGAAAAACAGAAGCUAGCGGACAGUGUACGGUUAAGAGCGGAUUUUUGCGCACUGAAGACCAAAUCGGACAGUCUAAGCAAACGAUUCGCUGAUGUCACGCGCGAGAAUGGAACUUUGCAGGAUCAAACGAAACACAUGAAGGAACAAAUUGCCGUUUAUCAAGAGGAAUCGAAAAUGCGUUUAAAGGAAUUAGAAAUACAACGGCAUUCACUGAAAAAAUCCUAUCAAUCACAGCUGGAUGAUGUCGUGUCCGAUAAGUUGAAGGAACUUCAAAAGCAACUAACCACUGCCAAAGAAGACCUCAAGGAAGAGUUCAAGAAGAAAGAGCGCAACGUAACGGAUCGAGCGAAACGACAGAUCGAGCUGAUCGAUCAGAAACGCGAGGAAGAAGUUCGCUUGUUAACUGAACGGUACAAUGAACAAGAAUCACUGUACCGGCUGCAGCUAGCUAACUCGGCUAAGCGCAUCCAUGAACUGGAAGAUAAGUUGCGUGCGAUCCAGAGUCGACGUGCGGACAUAGCCGAACAGCUGCACUCGAUCAUGGAAAAUCAAUGGAAGCAGGCACUAGAUGUCCUGAUGAGUCCCGGGCAACAGAGUGGCUUCAACAAUGGUAAUAACUAUCCGGCAAGCGAUACCAAAUCAGGGAAAUUUAAUCGAAUAACACUGGAACAAGUCGAUAAAGAUCGGUUAGACGGAGUGCGUACGUUGACAAACGCGGUUGUGGAUGAUAACGAUUCUGUCUACCGCACACCGGUAUCCCAGACCAUCAAUCGACGGUCGACUGAAUCGAUUGUGCCCAGCUUCCCAAAGGAAUUGCUGCACAACUACAUCGAGCUGCUACUGCAAAAAUCACCGAAUGAUCUCAAACGUUUGGGGGAGGUACUUUCAAGUUGCCGGAAGCAAUCCGAGAAAGAUACGGAAAAUCGCAUUCCCAACGACACGCCAUCUAAUACGAUGAGUAAAUCGGCUUCAGCAACCACCCUCAACCAGGCGGGUCUUUCGGGGAAAUCUUCCACCAAAACUCCCAGACCUUGGAAAUGAAACUAAUGUUGAGCAUCAUUGUUUUGAGCUGUAUUUGAAUAGUUUAAUUUAGUGUAGAUAGCUUCACACGACAGAAGUUAGACAAGUGUGCCUUUUCCAGAAGUAUGGUUAAUGUAAGGCUA